CCCGGUCGCCAGCCAUGGCCGGGGGCAGAGGCGGGAAGCCCCGCGAGGCCGCGAACCCCGCCGCGGGGGGAGGGGCUGAAUCGGUGACCGAGCGGGUCUUGCGAGAAGCCCACUCGCUUUAUGUACAUCCGGGUCAUGGGCUGGUGACCAUUGGGUCGCGGCUGGGCCUGACCCUGCUCCCACCGCGCCGCAAAGUGACCGUCAUGGUGAUGGGGAACCACAGUGCUGGCAAGAGCAGCUUCAUCAAUUGGUAUGUGGAGGAGCACAUUCAACGAACCGGAGUAGCUAUUGAGACCCAAGGUUUCACCUUCAUCACCAGCGGAAGGAAACGAGAAUCUCUCACAGGUAAUGCGACACUCCAUCUGUAUCCCCAUUUCCAGGCCUUGCAGAGCUUCAAAGGAGUGCCGGAGUACCUGAGCACUGAGAUCUGCACCUCCAAACAGAAACACUUCCCUCUGGUCACCUUCCUUGACACGCCAGGCUUGGUGGACGGUGACAUGAAGUACCCUUUUGAUGUGGAAGCAGCGCUUAUCUGGUUUGGCCAGCUCUGUGACCUCAUCCUGGUCUUCUUCGAUCCCAUGGGACAGGCCCUUUGCAAACGCACCCUCAACAUUGUGGAGCAACUCAACGAGGGGCAUGGAGACAAACUGCGUUUCUUCCUCAGCAAGGCGGAUGAGGCGGGCGCUGAGGGGGACAGGCAGAGGGUGCUGAUGCAGAUUGUCCAGGAACUCUGCAAGCGCCCAGGCCUCAACAAGUGUGGGUUUGACAUGCCCACAAUCUACAUCCCCAACUCCACUAAGCCAAGCCGCUGUGUCAAUCAGAUUGAGGAGAUCUCCCGAACCAUCGAGAAGACGAUCAGCCAGACGGUACAGCACACGCUCAAUGCCCUGGAGCGGGAUUGCCACCUCAUUGACAAGGCCACGUGCAAUCUGCUAGAAGAGGACAGCGAGGCUAGAAGCAAUAACUUCCAUUCCCGGUUUCGGGGAGUCCUACUGGGGCUAGCCGGCUGCCUGCUGCCCUUCUUUCUUCUUAUCACUCUGCUUUUUGGCACAGCCGCAGCCCGCCAGGUGUGGUCUCUGAUCUUGGGAAAGGAGCAGAGCCAGGCACUGGAACUAUACGUGCGGCCGGUUGCCUCCGCCUGGAGCCUCAUCCCUGAAGACUACACCUUAACCGUAUUCUUCGGCCUUCUCUGUCUUUCGAUUGUCCUCCUUCUGUCAGCCAGCUACGCUUUCCAGACAAAGCCCACUCUCUCCAAAAAACAGAAGCGGCAGCUGGAGGACCGGCGGGAUUACGUAUUGGACGUGGUGCUGGAGAAAAAGAGACAGCUCUAUGAGGAAUACCUACGGCAAAGCAUCGGCGAGCAGGAUCUGAGCUGA